ACUUUCACUUUGUUCCAGGGUUUAUUCUCACGUUUUUUUCCAGCAUUAUGACUUUUCACCAGGUGAUGCUGCAGGUUUGGGUGGUUGUCAUGACAACAGCGGUCGCCAGGGGAGACGGAGCUCGUGUUGUAAGCGGUCAGACGGUGUGUGUGGGCGGUCCUGAACGUCCCUGCUAUAAAAUCGCGUAUUUCCACGACGUGUCGAGCCGCGUCGCGUUCAGAGAAGCUGUUCAGGCCUGCGAGAUGGACGGGGGGGCGCUGCUGAGCAUCGAGAGUCCAGGAGAGCAGAGGGACAUCGAACACCUGCUGCAGGAGCUCAGGUCUGGCGCUGUGGGCGGUCCUGGUUCUGGGGGCGGGAUCUCAGAUGGGGAUUUCUGGAUCGGUCUGACUCGUGUGGACGGCGCCGAUCAGACUGAAACCAGCCACGCCUUCACUUCCUGUCCGCAGAUGUACUAUUGGACGGACGGAAGCCCCGCCCCCUUCAGGAACUGGUAUUUUGACGAACCGUCGUGCGGAGGCGAGGCCUGCGUCGUCAUGUACCAUCAGCCCACCGCCAUUCCUGGACUGGGUGGAGCUUAUCUCUACCAAUGGAACGACGACCGCUGCAACAUGAAACACAACUUCAUCUGCAAAUAUGAACCAGACAGUCACCUGGUGAAGGAACAGGGUGACACACCUGUAGUCAGAGGGACAGCGUCGUCACCAGAUCGCAGCGCUGACGCUCCUCCUCAUGUUAUGAUGGCCGGAGCAUCAGGGAUGCUGCUGGUCUACGUCAUAAUUCCCACAAUCCCCCUGAUGCUGCUCAUCCUGGUGGCAUCGGCCACCUGCUGUUUCCAGAUGUUCACAAGAAGUAAACCUCGUACUAAGACGCCGUCCGAUCCGUCCAACCUGUGGAUUUCCCAGACGCCAAAGGGUGACAGUAUGGAGGUCUGAGCCACCACGUCAGCUUUAUCGUCCUCCACUUCCUGUUUAUGUCGCCUUCUGAUGAUGUCAUGCCACCGCUGUCGUCUUUGAUAGUGUAUCUGAUUUCAUUUGGAAGGUGAUGGUUCAUGAAGACUGUAAAAACAUGUAAAUAACCACAUCUCCUUCAGUCACAGUAUUGGUGAUGCUUUUAUUGUGAAAAGUACAAACAGUUUUCAGGAUUAAUGUGCAUUUGAAAUCAGAAAAUAUUCACUGAAAUAUAAAAGAAAACUGUUUCUGGUUAAACGCUGAUGAGGUCUUGUCCAAAUAUGAUCACUUCUGGUUCCAAAAAGCUUCGAAACAACAUUUUGGAAACCAUUUAUUCUUCAGUAUUU